AUUAAAAAGCGAAUACAGUAUUAAUCCGCUAUUUCCGCCUAUAUUUUUAAAAGAUGGCGGCGGACGUGAAAGCAAGACAGGACAAGUACCAAACAAUAGCAUUUACUUUGCCCAUUUCCUGUCAAAUAUGCUUGGGGAAGGUUAAACAGCCAGUGUUAUGUCCAAACAAUCAUGUGUUCUGUUCUGGAUGUAUGGAUGUGUGGUUACAGAGAAAUAAGCAGUGUCCUGCAUGUCGAACACCAAUUACUCCUGGAAAUCCGGUCAAAAAAAUUGCAGGUGGUUUAAGCCAUGGUCCAGAUGAAAAAGAUAAAAUGAGUAAUCCAGAGCUAAGAAAAGCAAGAUUUGAUCUCCUCUUCAAAGAAUAUGAGGAGGAAUUUGAAAGACUCUCUGGAGAGGUGCAGCUUCUCAGGACAGAGAAUGAAGUGUUGCAGCAGCAGGUUCAGAAAAACAGUGGGACGAAACAACUGGGACCAAAAGAGGAGUCCAGAUAUUCUGACAGCUCCGGGGUACUAGUCCUAAAUAAGAAGCUGCAGGAUGCACAGAAAAUCUAUGAAAAAGUCAAGUCUGAGCUCAGUAGAGUUAAACAGGAAAACAAUUCACUGAAAGAUGAGAACAUAAAUCUGAAUAGGGAGAAUCAGAAGCUGCGACAAGAGAUCGGGAACAGAUCUCCUCAUAGGUAUGGCAGAUAUACUGUAGCAACACUAGAGGCAAAGAUCCAGACUUACGAGAAAGAGGUUGGCCAGCUAAACAAGGCUCUGGAGAAGAGUGACAAACUGAUUGAGGAGCUGAAUGAGGAGCUAGACACCUACAGAAGUAAACCCAAAUCCGACUACUCCUCCCAAUCCAGACACUCCACACUAUCCGGAAAAUCCAGCCUCGAGGACUUGAACUUGAGGACCUCUUCUUUGUCUAGUAAACGGUCCCUCGAGGAACCACUGUCCUCCCAGCAUGGUUUGGAUGCGGAUCUUCCCUCAAAGCGACAGCUGUUCUCGGAUGACAGAGAGUAUAAAUCUAGUCACAGAGAUUACUUGAAUGGUGAGUUUUAUAGCUCCUCUGAUCUGCAUGAUUAUAAGGGAAAUGAAAAAAAUGGUGCUGGAAAAAACUCUAAAAGGGUCACUUUUGAUUUGCCGAAAAACGAAACUGUGUCUUUUGACUUGGAGAUGCCUAGCCCAUUAAAAGGAAACCGAAACAGUUCUAAUGGAAGGUCGCCAUCCCCCAUCAAAGGUGUUUUAAAGAAUGGCAAGAAGUCCAGUAUGUCAAAUGGUGACGAGAGUCUGAGUCUUUCAAAGCCUGAGUCUCUGGACGACAGUUACCAAGAUGGCAGAAGAGGGAAGACAGCAGUAACAAGACUGGAAGAUGAAGAUGACUUUUACUUAUCCAAGUAUUCCAGGGACUCUAAAAGCACUAAAGACGACAACCACAACUACAGGUACACAUCUGGAAGGUACAACACUGACCCCGUACAGAAGAGUGAAAGUUUUGACUUGGAUUAUCCCGCCAAAUCCAGGAAAAGUGACCUUUAUGACCAUGUGUUGGAUGAUACAGAAGCAAUUCAGUCCGAGCUGGAUGAUCUAGAUAUAUCUAUUACCCCGGAUUUUACUGAUUGCAUGAAGCUACUGAACAGAGCUGAAAAGAAAGUUAGCUUGGGAACCCAACCAAGUACAUACUCCAAUUCCAGGAAGGACAAUUACAAAGAUGAUGAAUAUUUGGAUGAUUACAGGAUGAAAGACACUUACAGGUCAGAUCCAUUGUAUCCUGACACCAAAUCAUCCGAUCCGGGCAGACCUCAAUCCGACAGCAAAUAUACAUCAAAGUAUUACACCUCCUCAGAAGACUAUGUCCCUAGAAGCAGUGCUCUGCGAUCAGAGAUUCCCUCUACAAGAUAUUCCAGCAGUUCAUCUGCCUACACCGACAUUCCAACAUCAACCUUAGAACCGUCCAACUUGCCAGUUGCUUCUGGUGGUGGAUACUCGACCAUCUCUGGUUCCAGUAUAUCUACAUACAAGCCCAGUGCUAUAGACUCUAUGAAAACCUCAGAUUGGGAUACCAAGACCAGUGACUACAAGUCCUCAGUCAGUGAUAGAUAUACAGUUCCUGGAGAAAAUGACAAGUUUGGCGUUGACCAGUAUUCCUCAUCAAAAGACAGUUUAUCCCAUAAUGACCGAUUUGGUGUUCAGAGUGACCUAUCAAGCAGAUAUAGCUCUAGUACCUAUUCAUCGACUUUAAAUUCCCUUCCGCAGACAUCUAAUAGAAUGGGAAGUUCUGAUGACAUAUCCACACCAACCAAAUUGUCCACUCUCCGUCCAUUGUCUCAAAGCGGUUUCAGUCGCAGUCCAUCCGUUGACAACCUUUUCAUGUCGUCCAAAUCUUCCACACAAGGAAGUAAAUUUGCAACAGCAGAAGACAUUCCAACCAGCACCUACAAACCAAGGUUAAGUCUGCAAGGGUUUUCAUCCAGCUUGGAUUCUUCUGGUAAAUACAAGCCUCUAGGAGAAAGGCAAGGUAUGUCCAGUCUGUCCUCUUCAUCUGACACUGGGUCUGGAUCCAGUCGGUUUUUAGCCUCGUCCCUGCCACCAAAACCCGUAAGAACUAGGUCUCAGUCAGACAUGGGUACCUCUGUCUCUGCGCUCAACUCUGCUUCCUAUCAGCGGGCCAAGGGUAAUGCACCAUCUGCAAGUUUUGAAACUUUCACCACUGAAAGCACAGUCACUGCACAGAGACCGCCAUCCUAUCCUGUCUCCUCAUCCUCAUAUCCAUCAGAGCCAUCUUCCACCGCUCACCCUCCGCCUUUUAUGGAAAAUAACAAAUACACCAGCUCUUUUGUUCCCAGACAAGAUGCACUGGAUGCUGUUUCUACUAACAAAUUUACUAACUCCACAAGUAUUGUUAGUGCACGGGGGCCAGUCAAGGCUAGUUAUUCUUACACUGAUUUCGAUAUCGGGGUUAAUCCCAGAAACAAGUCAAACAUUUCUGAUCUUCCACUGUCAAACAGACUUCACACUAGAUCAAACAGUGUCGAUUUUCCUUUAAAUAAUAAAGAUUCAGAAUCUUAUACCACCAGUCAGAGGUUCGCGUCUUACGAUGAUCAGUAUUCAACUGCUGGUGCUUCUUACAAUAUCGAUAACAGACCUGUGCAUGCCUUUGAUAGAGAUCUACAUAGCUAUGACACAAAUGCCGCAGCAAAUUAUGUAUCUGCAAGCUUACCUAAUUCUGUAUCAUUGACAGGUGGUUCGACCCUGGAUGACCCAAACAAGGGAAGAUACAAUUCCUCUUCGUACAUGACAUCAUCCCAGACCUCUGUCACCUCAAGCAUUACUUUCUCCUCAUCAUCUCAUUUAUCCACAGCCCCAUCAUCAUCAUCCACCUCCAUGCUGCCCCCAACAUCCACCUACACUUCAUACCAGGUCUCCAAGUCCCUGGAUCCGAUACGAGAGUCCAGUGCCAAAGGCAACAGCUACCUCUCCAAUACAUCCACCACAGGCGACAUAUCGCGCUCAGACUCUUUCUUACCGGAACCCAAGAAGAGGCUGUUCGAUUCCAACGACGACCUUGAUAUGUCACUGAGCCCGAUUAAAACUACAAGAAAGACCGACAAGUACUGAGGACUUGGGAGUAGUUGUUGAAAAAGCUAGUACAGUCAUAUUUUGGUGCUUAUUUGAAAUCCAUGUAAACCUAACGUGUUUGUAUGCAAUUCUAUGCAAAGUUGAAAAGUUUAAACAUUCCAAAUGACAGCACUUUGCUAGAAUAAUUAUUUUUUUUUUUAUUUAUUUAUCCCUGUAAUUUUGAUUAUUGACUUCCAAGUUUUAGUUUGAUUUGCAGCAGUGCUGACAAAUGCCAUUUUGUUUAGUUUCAGUAUUUUUAUGUAAUUGAGUUUAACUGAUAUAUCAGUGAACAUGUACCAUCUUAUUGCAUUUAAUUUUAGUCUUUCUAGAUUUCAUGUCCGCCAUGUGCAUGAUUUCUAACAAAGAGAAGCAUUUAAAAGCUGGCAAGUUUGCUUGCAGCUAUUGUUAUCUUUGCUGUGUUUCUUUCAACAGUUGUUGCUUGGAGCUCAACUUUUUUAUGUGUAGGUUGUUGUUUUUUUUGUUUUUAUAGAAAAAUCAGUUUUACUUUAGUAUUUAAUAUUUGUGAGCUGGUAGAAAAUAGAUCAUUCACAUGCCUUGCAUUGUUUGUUUUAGACAACAAUUUUACAUAAGAAACUCAUUUACUACUGUUGUUUUUUUUAAAAAGAUAUUUGAUAGAGAGUUUUUGUAUGACUGUUGACAGACAAUAUGUCCCCUACUCUCAUGAAUUUUAAGCUCUGCUUUUGGGUUUUUUAACUUCAGUCUGAAUUCCAAUUUUACAACGAAAAAGACUACUCUUUGGAAGGAUAUAUUUUCUUGUAAAAUAGAUAAAAUAGUACAUCUAUUCAAAGUAAAUCUGAAAAGUUUCACUUGCUAGAACUGAAUCAUUUCUAAAUGUUUUUUAGAAACAAUAUAUUUUGAUAAAUAACAAUAUUGAAACUUUCCGGUACAUAUAUGAAUAUAUAUUUUUUUUUCCCCCCUGGAUUUGCAGAAUUUACAUUAUGUAGAAAUAUUCACAUUUACCAAAACCUUUUUGAUAGGAGUAUUAAGGUAGUUUAUAUAGAAAAAGAUAUUGUUUACCAAAUUAGAUAUUUUCACUCAAUUGCUAGAUGAUUUACACUGAUUCUGUUGUUGAUUUAAGUGUUUACAUCUAGAAAAGAUGUCUUUUUUUUUUUCAUUAACUCAAGUAACAAUGUGUUCAUUGUUCUUCAUUGUAAUAUUGGGUUGAAUACUGUAGAUUCCUUAUUUUACGCGAGUACUUAAUUCCGCAAUUCAACAUUAUGCAACAUAUCGUGGUAUAAAAGAUCGUGAACAGCGAAUUUUUUAUUAUUAAUUUGAAAUAGUUUACAUCUGCCCGAAAAAUAGAAGUGAGAUUUUAAAAUCCUCAAGAUUUGCUUCGUGCGAUUUAACGCGGAUAUUAAUUCCUCGCAUUAAAUUUGGAAUCUACAGUAUUCUUUGUGUUAGCUUAUUGCACAGAUUUGUGUAUCUGGACAUGACCAAUCAUUCAAUCCCAAACCAAAGAAAAGUUUUAAUAACCAGUCUACGCAUUACAGUACAUUUACACGUGAUUUCACAAUGAGAAUAUUUCUUGAAUCUUAAUGAUAUUUGGUAUUAGGUCCAGAAUGUAACGAAAAGCACAUCUGUAUAGCUUUAAAUAAACUCCGGAGUUUAUAAUUCUAAAUUUUUCAAUUCAAAAUAUAAAAAUGAGUAUGCAGCACUGAAAAAAAAAAUUAAGAGAAAAAGGGGAAAGGGGGGGGGUGGUCUUAAAUUGUAAGCAGAAAAUAAAUAGAUAUGAUUCUCAUUUACCAAAGCCUCUAUCUUCACUCUCUCUUCUCCUUUCUCUCUCUGUCCUCCCCUUCUCCAAUAGAUAUAAAAUUAUGAAUGUACUUUAACAAUUUAACAAGAUUUUGUCAAAUUUUGAGUAAUUUUGCAUUGUUUGAAUGAAGUAUAUAACAUAGUUUGUAUCUCACUGUCAUGCCAGUAUUAUGUUUGUACAGUUCACCUGUUAGAUCUUGUAUAUUAAUACUUAAUUUAUUAUUGCUUUUUACAAUAUUUUAUGUAGUAAAUAGAUUAUAACACAGA